AUGGCUGUGCUUCUUUUGGUCGGUUAGUUUCAAGAUGACAAAGGUUGUUCUACUCAAGUUGGCUUUUCUAGGCGUACUGCUGAUUCAAGACUUUCCCUCUGCGCUUGUGCUCUACUUUGGUCAGUAUCUGCAAGGCUAUCUGUCCAUGUUUACUGCUGGCUCUCGAUCGUCUCUUCUUGGUUGCGCUUGGUUAUGCUUGGUUGUGCUUGGUUGCUUGCAAGUUCCACGAUCACAAGGUCUGUUCUACUCAAGCUGGUUCCCUAGGCGUCUUCAAGACUAUCCAUCAAGACAUACCGAUACCUCAAAACUGUCUCUCUUUGAUAAUGCUUUAUCUUAG